AUGUCUUUGCAUAUCUUUAUCGCUCACUCCGGUGAGCAUAUACUGGCUGAUCCAGUAAACUUCGCAUCUCCUGAAUCACUGAAAUUAUGGAUCGUCCGCAAUACGUCAAUACCUCCUGGGAGGCAAAUAUUGAUGACUGCCCGGGGGAAGAACGUCAAGACCCAAACGCUUGCCGCUGAGACAGAAAUAUUUGUAUAUGAUCGACAAUACAUUAGCGAACCCGGCGACAUCGAGCUCCCAGACCUACCUACCCCAGAACCCUUUCGGCCCAGCAGUCCACCGGCGUCCCUUUCAGACCAGAAUGAUCUACAAGCAUGGCGGAAUCUAUUCAUGGCAAGACGGAGCUGGGCCUUGGAUCUAUCUGCCCGCUGUGGAACGACUGAGAAGAUCACUCGUGAGCAUAAUGAGCGGACUGAUGUCAUCAAUCGGGCUGUAGGUGUCGCGAUGGAGAACCUCAAGUCUCACGUGGGUAACUUAGAGCAUCGGUUUCAAGAAGCUCAGACAUGGGCGAAUAAUCUACUGGAGGAGCAGCAAGCUGCUCUAAACGGCUGGCAACGCGCUCUAGCGGUACUGGAGACCAUCCCAGCACGGAAGGAUUUUCCUAUUCUCGGCCGGCCCUCUACGCCAAAGGUGGAUAAUAAUCGCCUUACUGGGUCUCUCCGCGAAUUUGUCGAUGUGGGCGAGGUUCUACAAGCUGGCGCUGACGCGGCGGUUGUAUCCCCGCGCUUUGCGGGUCAGGUUCACGACAUCGAAAAAACAAUUGGUGAUCUUGCCUCCGAUACGCAACACCUUGUAGGCGAUGUACUUCUUUCGCCUAUCGAAGAAGACGACGGUAUGCUUACAGAGGUGGAAACUAUCGCGAAGAAAAUCGGAUCCGACUAUGAACACGUCCUCAGCCUGCCUAAUAACCAGAAGAUGUUGGCAAAUGUCUCAAGACUUGCCCUCAAUCAUACCCAGAACCUUCUUCCAAGUCUGCUCGAGCUUGGCGGGGACAUUCAGCACGCCCUCGAGCAAGCUGUACGUCGCCGCAGUGCCGCCGAGAAGACUGCCCUUCAACAUAUGCGCACGAUCUCGUUUAUUGAAUCCCGGCUGGCUGACGCCCAUGCUCAACUUGUCAAUCUUGAUGUCAAAAGCAACGCAUUUGAUAUCCUUUACUCUGUUUUCCAGAUGCCAAUGACAUACGGAUCCAUUCUCAUCGAGUGUGUUCGGAGGCGGGAAUGGGGUGUGAAGAUCAAGGCAGAUUCUUUAAGUUUGGCGGAGGAGAUGGCUAUCUUGAGAGACGAGGAGCAGAACCGGCGGAAGAAGUGGUUGAAGAACAUGGGCGACUACGUCUCCUUUGGAGACUCUGCAACCCCAGGUAUCGAAGUCAACCUUCAAGGGCAAGAUGAAGAAUGGCCCGAAGUCAACCGGAAAGAAAUUGAGAUAUAUAUCGAAGAGUUACGGUCUAAAAACUCGCUCACAAAUAUUGUGAAUGAUUUAUCCCAAAGGUUCAAAGACUUGGAUGCUCCCAGUCGCCAGCAAAGACGACGAGCUAAGGCAGCAUUCAAGAAUGGCAGUGUGUUUGACCUCGGUCGAAGUUCCAUGUUGCUCCGUGGUGAUGAUAUGGUUCAAAGCCUGCAACAAGAUAAGACGAAACUAGAGGAGAGGUUGAAAGGGUCCGAAAGUCGUAUUCGAAAAUUAGAGGACCUGCUUCAUCGCCAAAGCCACUUCAGUCGUCCUUCUAGUGGCAAUUUUGGACCAGAUUUUCCUAGUUCGCCGGCAUCGCCAUAUCCCGAUACUCUUUCAAGGCGUUCUUCCGUAUCCUCGCGGCGGGUAUCUAUGACACAGUCCCCGGAAGAUAGGGCACUUGUUCAACGUAUAGUAGCUCUCGAGGCUGAGCUCGCCGUGGAAAGAGAGACAGUUCAGAGACUUCACAAAGACGCACAGGCCGAGCGCCAAACCAAUUCAGAUAAGUAUCAAGAAGCCCAAUCCACCAAGCAAGACCUCAUUGGAAAUCUCGAAGCACGCCAACGCGAAUUUGAAGAUGAGCGGAAAUACUUGGAAACAGAGAUGAAGAAGUUGAGGCUACGUGCGGAGGAGGUCGAGGAGGAAUUGGAUAGGCUGUCUGAUAGCCGCGAUAAUGGGAAACAGGAUCUUGAAGAUCGUGUCCACCAGCUUGAGAUCGAAUUGCAGACUGCCCAUGCCAACUUUGACGAGCAAACCCUAAAGACUCAUGAUCUGAAUGAACAGGUCGAGGCUCUGCAAGACAUGGAGAAAGUUCUUCAGUCAAAGCUUGAAGACCUUGAGCGCCAGCAGACUGAAUAUAGUGAAAAGGAUCAAGAAAACUACCACGCUCUCGAGGCCGUUUUCAUGAACUUGUCUUCAGGAGGCGCCGUUCCUCUUGGGCUCCCUGGAAUUAUCAAGGCCGUUGAAGUGCUUUCCGAGGGAUUAUCUAUUCAUUCCCGAAGCGCCGAAGACAGCGCGUCGAAGGCCAUGGCCGAGAACAAGUCCCUUGGAGAGACAAUCGCGCAGCUUGAAUCCGAUCUAGCCGAGCGCGCUAAAGUCUCCGAUGAGCGUGAUGCGGAACUAGUCAAAUUGAGAGCAGAACUUUCGCAGACAAGAGCCAAAUUGGAAGAGACCAAGACGGAACUCAACCAGGAACGAUCAAACCUGGCCUCCCUGCAAUCUCAAGUGGCAGAAGAUAAUGGUGCUGAUGCACUGCGUGAAAGGCUUGCUGAAACGGAGCGGAAGCAAGCUGAAAUCGCCGAGCAGCUGGCCGCUGCAGAGUCCCAAGCUUUGGAGUUCAAAACUAAAGAAACAGAGUGGGACGAAAAAUUAAAGACUGCCUCCACGGCAGAGAAAGAGGCUGUGGCCCGUUACGAGGCUCGGGGUGCCAAGUCGCAUGAUCUUUCUGCGCAGCUUUACUCGCAAGUCGAAAAGUUUGGGCAAAUGCUUGAACAGCUAGGCUUUGCGAUGAUCCAGCAGGAUGGCAAACUCCUUAUCCAACGAGCUUCAAAACUCAAUGCUUCUUUAACUCAAAUUGGGGAGAGCAACAUCCAGUCUAGCAUUCUAUCUGCGAAACCGGAUACCACUCUUUUGGAGUGGAUGCAAGACGAUAGCCCUGAGGAUGAAGACGUCAAGUUUGCUACUUUCAUGGAAAGCCUAGCUCGCUUCGAUGUCUCUAUAUUCGGGGACGUGGUCGUGAAACGGGUGAAAGAUAUUGAGCUGCUCGCUCGUAAGUGGCAAAAGGAAUCUCGUGGCUACCGUGAGAAGUACCACCGGUUCCAAAAAGAUUCCCAUGACAAGAUCGCCUACCGCUCUUUCAAGGAAGGGGAUCUUGCCCUGUUUCUACCCACUCGUAACCAAGCUAUACGUUCCUGGGCUGCCUUCAAUGUUGGUGCUCCACACUACUUCCUACGCGAGCAGGACUCUCACAAGCUCAAGUCCCGGGAUUGGCUCCUCGCUCGCAUUUCAAAGAUUGACGAGCGCGUUGUGGAUCUCUCCAAAUCAUUGAAUGGCGUCACACCGGACCAACGCUCGCUAGGGAAUGUCAGUGAUGGCGCCUCUUUUGACGAUGAGAAUCCGUUUGAACUAUCAGAUGGUCUACGCUGGUACCUCCUUGAGGCCAACGAGGAAAAGCCAGGUGCACCCGCUACUCCUGGAAUAUCUAAGAGUACUGUCGCUUCUGCAAAUGUCGACGUCAAGGGUAGUAUCCGCCUGAAGCGCCCGACUGAAGAGAGCUCCGUCGCCCAAACCCUCUCGAAAAGCCUAGACAGCCGACGGGGAAGCUCCACCUCAAAACGGGGCACCCCUACUCCCUCGCACAAAGAUAAUGAGUCCGUAGUCGAUCUUGUCCGACCCGCCGACGUAGAUGCCAGCUCUAAACCUCGAGAGACACAUCCGAUAUUCGACGAGGUUCGCCGCGACCUGCUCCUCGGCCCGUGA